GCUUUCACCUCCGUGGGGACCUGGACGGGCAGCGGGAGGCCGCUGGGGUGAGCGAGCGAGUGAGCGAGCGAGGGGUAAAAAAGGACCCUACUUGCACCCGGAACACCUGCUCGAAGAGGAGCAGCGGGGACGCGACGCUGCCGUCGCAAAAACUCUCCGCACACGCUGGACACACUGCGGCUCAGGGCCUCUCAGCCUCCGUCCCCGAACACGGACCCGCAGGGACACGCGGCCCCGGGGCCCUGGGCGGCUCGCUGCACAGAUGCUCUAAUGCAACUUGAUCCGGUGGGAGCUCCUCUAAAAAUACCAUGGUGCACGAGAGCCUGGCUGGGCUUUAGCUGCUUAAUUUCGUAAAGAUCACAUAUUGCGGGCUUUGCUUUUCAUUAGUCUAAUGGGACUUCCCGGGGUAAGGGGACACAAGCGUUCCGGAAUGUUCUGGCAGGAGACACACGAGCGUAAUUCAUAAGUCGUCCGUAAUUUGCACCCAAGCCGUCGAGAAACGUGCCGAACGGCGGCACCGCGAUUGUCUGUGGCCCAUGUGGCAGGAAGCGCAGCGUUAAUGAGAUGAGUUUUUUGAGAGCGACACCUCAGGAAGAAGAGCAAAACCCAAACAACAACAACAACAGGAGCAACAUCAGAGCGGCGAAAGGCAAAUGGACGAGUGACGGCGCGGAGCCGCCGCCCGGCCGACGCGAAUAAAAGCGCGAACGUUGCGGACGAGAGUUGCCGGGGGACGCCGACAAGCUGCAGGCGAGAGAGCCGUUUGCGACGGCUUGCAGCCAUCGUGGUUUCCGCCAUGAGAAAGGCCGAGAUGCAGGUGGCGCUGAAGAAGGGCGUUGAGGAGAGGGCAGCAGCGCCCCCUAGUCCCAGGAUGCCCGCAAAGCGGGCCAAAAUGAACCCGGACGAGGCGUCGUCGCUGUAUCCCGGCCCGACGGCACCCUUGUUCAUCCGUAAGAUGCGCAACGCAGCCGUGGGCGUCGGAUGCGAUAUCCGGCUCAAGGUGGCGGUGGCUGGACACCCGCAGCCCUCGCUCUACUGGUACCACGACGACAUCCUGCUGGACACGGCCGGACAGGAGUACGGCGGCCUGUGGAUCCGCGACUGCCGGCCCAGCGACGCGGGACUCUACACCUGCGUCGCCAACAACCGCUUGGGCGAAGCCCGCAGCAGCGCUGUGCUCGCUGUCCUCGACCUGGGGGAAGACUCCGAGACCGCCGAAGAUGAGACCCCCGAAGCCCAGGUACCCGCGGAUGCCAAAGGUGGAGCCGGGGGUCCGACCGCCCGAGCUGCUCAAAGAGGUAAGGCGGCCAGGCAGGUCCCCGCGGAGACGAGCGAUGCCAGGAGCUCUCUGAGAGGCGGCUGGGGCGUCAGCCAGGACACGGUGGUGGAGAAGGAGGUGUCAGCCCUGGGUUCGAAGGCCCCGGGGCCGCGGGAGCCUCCCGAGGCCGGCAGGAGCCAGACUGGAGAAGUUCUGAGUGAAGGUCAGAGGCAGGUUUGCCCAACUCCCACUCUCCCCUCUCCCCAAAUUAGUCUCCCCACCACAUCAUUUCCAGGGCCCGUCAGCACGGGGUUAACCCCUGUUGCCUCCCUCUCCCCUCGCAAGAAACCAGUUGUUCCAUCAGACUAUCAAGACACAGUUCCAGAAGACUUUGAGGAGAAGAUAAGGCACCCCAAACCUUCAGGCAUGUCUCAGAGUAGCACCCAGGGCUCUCGUCCUCAGACACCAGUCAGUGAGUGCUCUAAGAAGGACCUGUCACACCGCUCAUCGCCCAAGCCUACUCGAAUGAGCUCCAAGCUCUUUGAGAGGGUACGAAUCUUUGAAGAGCGCCGCAGAAGCAUUGACCACGCGGAGGGUGAGGGGUCCAUUUCCGGACGCUCCUGGGCAGGAUUUCAUCGAGCUCCAUCUGUUGAAUCGGACGAAGGGGGGAGUCGGUUGGGUUUCUCCAGGGAGAGCUCCAAGGAGGACCUAAGGGAGGCCCUGAAGGCAGACGCCACCCAGAGGAGGUCCUCGUUCCGCCAAAGGGCGGCCUCCUUGGAAGACAGGCCCCGUUACUCCCAAAAGGUUCAGGAGAUUGAGAACAAGUUCACAGAGGAGCUGCAGCGGAUCAAGGAGAUGGUGGGGAAGUCCCACAUGAGGAAAUCUUUCUCCACUGAGCAUCUCUCCCAGAGGGGAAGGCAACCUCUGCGCAAGCUUGAACCCAUCCCACCACAAGUGAUCCAGAAGCUCCAAGACAGAGAGCGAAUCAAGCAACAGCAGGAGCAGGAGCAGGAACAGAAAGAGCAGCACAAAGAGCGAAUGCCAUCAGCACAAGAGUGGCUGGAUGAGGAGCAGCUGCAGACCGAAACCAGGAAGCAUCCGGUGAGCAGCAUAACGGUGAGCAGGUUUGGAGAGAAAUCCAUCUUUCCCAAAGCAGUGCCACUCAUUGAGUCAUGUGAGCAGCAACAGGUGGAGAAGAGCAGUCCGGCUGUGGAGGCCUUUUCUCUAGCAGAGACUCCUCAUGCUUCCAGAGGUCAGGAACCUGGUCACCUCCCACUGAAAAAAGAAGCACUCAGGAGGACUGAGAAGAUGCCGAGCAGCCUGCUGGAGCAGAAGGCCAUCUCCCAUGGCCAAGCACCACUGAAGCCCCCAAGGCUCACAAGACCUCCCUCCCAAGGUCCCAGCCCCUCUUCAGAGGAGGAGAAGAUGGAGGUAGAAGUGACAUCUGUGUGUCCAGAACCCAGGUUUCCAGUCCCCACAAUUGCUGUAGAAGAAGAAUCUAUGGAGGAAGAAGAGGAGGUCCUUAUACCCAGUGAGGGGAGAGGAGUUCAGAGGACCAAAGAAAAGGCCUCCUAUACCCAACCAGACUCCUCAGAAGUCUUGUGUGUUGCUGCGGGGCAGGACUCCUCUGAGGCCACCGUGUUUGAGCCCUCCUUUCAGGACACGGUGAUGUUGGCCGGCUCUGAGGUUCAGUUCGAGCGUGUCGUCGGUGGAACGUCGGCCCCAGAAGUUACCUGGAACAAGGGUGACGUUGCGAUAAAGAGCGGCUCCGCUCACAUGGUCAAAUCGGAGGGUGAGAAGCGCUCGGUGCCAAUAAAACAGAUGGAUGAGGGCGACGCCGUGACGUACCCAGAGAUGGCCAUCAACAGGACUGCUGUGGAGCACAGCACUGCUGCUUCUUCCAUCAGAGCAGAGCCCACCCAGGACCAGCGAGGGACCCCCGACACCCCUGCGGAGACCAGCAGCACUGUCAGCUCCGACGCGGAGAAGCUCAGCCCUCCGGAAGAGGCUAUGGAGCUCGGGGGGGGGCCGCACCUGAGGCCCGAACCUCAGAGGGUUACUGACACGCGUUUCAGAGAGCCCCCCUCAUUCCAGGUAACUUUGAGGGACCAGGUGGUGACUGAGGGACAGCAGGUGACCAUGUCUGUCCGGACACACGGUCACCCAAAGCCUGUCGUCCACUGGCUCAAAGACAGGGUGGCGAUAAAACCGGAGGGAAGACACACUGUGCGGGACGUGGAGGACGGCAGCUUCGAGAUGAGCAUCCCGUCUGCUCAGAAGUCAGACGCCGGCAUUUACACCUGCAAGAUCAUCAAUGAAUACGGGACAAAGCAGUGUGACUGCCAGCUGGAGGUCAAAGCCCCAUCACCCUCUGAGGACUCGAACCUGAGCAUCACCCGUAACCUGACGGACGUGACUGUGAAAGCGGGCGAGUCGGCCCAGUUUGAGUGCCACGUGAAGGGUCCAUCUGACGUCGAUGUGGACUGGUUAUCGGAUGGGAAGCUGAUCCAGCCGGCACUGUUAAACUGCAAGAUGCACUUUGACGGGCGAACGUGCCGCCUGUUGCUUAACUCAGUGCAUGAGGAUGACAGCGGUACCUAUACCUGCAAGCUCAGCACAGCCCGAGAGGAGCUGACGUCCUGCGCCAGGCUCAAGGUGAUCCCCUCCAUUGAACCCCUGUUCACACGCAAGCUGGACGUCCUGGAGGUGAUUGAGGGUCGAACCGCGCAUUUUGACUGCAAGGUCAGCGGGACCCCUCCACCCAGUGUCACCUGGACCCAUUUUGACUGCCCCCUAACGGACACGGACGGCGUUCGCAUCCUCCAGGAGGGAGGUCGUCACUCACUGGUGCUCCUACACGUCACCUCUGAGGAUGAGGGCCUUUACACAGCCGUGGCGCUCAACGAGCAUGGGAAGGCUGAGACAUCUGCCGAACUCUACGUCCAGGAGCCGAGACUCACCAUCUCCUCUCAAAUGGCGCGGCUAGAGAAGAUGCCCUCCAUCCCAGAGGAGCCAGAGGUGCUGGAGAGUGAGGUGGAGCGCUUCUCCAUGCCUGACUUUGUUAGGCCACUCUAUGACCUCGACGUGGUGGAAGGGAAGGAGGCCGUGCUGAGAUGCAAGGUGGCCGGCCUACCGUACCCCACCAUCACCUGGUUCCACAAUGGCCACAAGAUCGAAAGCACGGAUGACAGAAAAAUGACGCAGUACCGGGAUGUCCACAGUCUGGUGAUCCGCUCAGCUUGUCAUGCCCAUGGUGGCGUCUACAAAAGUGUCAUCUCUAACAAGGUGGGGAAGGCCACCUGCUAUGCACACCUGUAUGUGACAGAUGUCCUCCCAGAUCCUCCCGAUGGGGCUCCAGUGGUCGAGGCAAUCACUGGCAAGGUCAUCAUCCUGCGCUGGAACAAGCCCAAGAGACUGGAUCCAUCUAUAGAUGCCGGCUCCUUGAUGUAUGCUGUACAACAGCAGGCCCAUGGUUCCAGCCAGUGGACUGUUAUCGCCUCCAGUUUGAAGAGUACUUGCUACACAGUCAUUUCACUCUCCAAGGGAGUUCGGUACUUCUUCAGGGUUCUGUCUAUGACUAACAAGGCGUUCAGCAAGCCAUCUCCUCCCACGGACGCUCUACAGCUUUUAGACAGAGGUCCGUACCUUCAAGAAGUACCAGUGAUCAUCGACAAGCCAGACAUUGUAUACAUGGUGGAAAACCGGCCUGUUAGCGUAACGGUAACGCUUAACCACGUCCAGGCCACAGUCACCUGGAAAAGAGGUGGGAUGCUGUUGGCCAACAAACCAGGCAUGUUUGAGAUGAGCAUGCCAGAUGAUGACCAACACACACUACAGAUCUGCAAGGCGAAGAGCAGUGAUGUGGGACAGCUUGUCUGCGUGGCCACCAACCAGCUGGGCAGCGACUCUGUUACCCUCGCCCUCGAAAUGGCUGCACCACCCACCUUUGAGGCCAUCAUGGAGGAUGUUGAUGCGCGCGUCGGGGAGACACUUCGUUUUGCCGUGGUCGUCGAGGGGAAGCCCGUUCCCGACAUCCUAUGGUACAAGGAUGAUACCCUAGUGUCUGAGGGCAGUCACUUCACCUUUGUGUAUGACGACAACGAGUGUUCGCUGGUGGUGCUCAACACACGCCCGGAGGACGCAGGUGUCUACACUUGCACAGCGAAGAACCUGGCGGGCUCGGUCUCUUGUAAGGCUGAGCUCAGCGUGCGGACAGCCGAUCCUGAGGAGGAGGAGGAGGCCGUGGAGGAUGGGGAGAGCAUCCUGAGGAAGAUGCGCAGGCUGACAGAUUAUUAUGACGUGCACAAGGAGAUCGGCAGGGGGGCUUUCUCCUAUGUGAAGCGAGUGACAGAGAAAGCCGACAAGGCAGAAUAUGCUGCCAAGUUCAUUUCGGCUCGGGCUAAGGGGAAGGCCUCAGCCUUGAGAGAGAUGAAGUUGUUGUCCCAGCUAGAGCAUGAAAGGAUUGUCUACUUCCAUGACGCCUUUGAGAAGAAAAAUGCCAUCAUCAUCAUCACUGAACUCUGUCAUGAGGAGCUCCUGGAUAGACUAACGAAGAAGUCCACUGUGAUGGAGUCUGAGAUCCGGUCAAGUAUGAGACAGCUGCUGGAAGGCGUGGGAUACCUUCACCAGAACAAUAUCCUGCACCUAGACAUCAAGCCUGAGAACAUCCUCAUGGCUGACCCUAGCAGUGACCAGAUACGGAUCUGCGACUUUGGCAACGCCGUGGAACUCACUCCGGGCGAGGCGCAGUACUGCAAAUACGGCACCCCCGAGUUUGUGGCCCCGGAGAUAAUUAACCAGACUCCCGUCUCCAAGGCAACUGACAUCUGGCCAGUUGGAGUCAUAACUUUUCUGUGUCUGACUGGCGUGUCCCCAUUUGCCGGGGAAAAUGACCGAGACACGGCGCUCAACGUGCGGAGUUACAAUGUCGCGUUUGAGGAAGGCAUGUUCGCUGGCCUGUGCCGGGAGACACGCGGCUUUGUCAUCAAGCUGCUGGUGGCCGACAGGCUGAGGCCUGAUACUAACGAAUGUCUUCGCCAUCCCUGGUUUAAGACCUUGACAAAGGGGAAAAGCAUUGGCACAGAGCCCCUGAAAAAAUUCUUAUCUUGGAGAAAGUGGCAGCGUUCACUCAUCAGUUACAAAUCCAAAAUGGUGAUGCGCUCCAUUCCUGAGCUUCUGGACGACUCCUCCAGUCACAUCUCCAUCACUGUCCCCAAACACCUCAAGGAGGGCUCCCCCCUUCCUUCUUCAUCUUCGGACUCAGACGAGGACAUUGACGAGCUUCCCUUCAUUCCCAUGCCUCUGGCCAUGGAGUUUUCUGGAUCAAGAAUGUCCCUGAACGAGAUCCCAGCCGAUGAAGAGAUUGAGGCCCGACCGAAUGGCACUACUGAGGGGGUGGGGCCAGCCGUCCAUGGGGUGGUGCCCAUGGAAUGUGAGCCAAUUCACCAAGGAAGGGAAGCCAGAGAAUUCACAGGAAAGGGGAAAACUCAGGAGCAGGAGACAGAAGAAGAAGAGGGAUCUUUGGGUGACAAAAUCACAGACACAAGCAAACAGACAAGGGUGCCUGUGCAGAGGGGUUCGAGUGUAGAGUCGGACAAGGCUGAAGGAGGCCGCAGGCGUGGGGAAAUGAGGAGGGGCAGCUCUGCUGACAGUGCAUUGCUUCUCCACAUCAUGCCAGAGGAGGGUGCUGUGGAGGAUGCCAAUGAAGAGGGGAGAAAAAGCCUGAAGAAAGCGGUGUCCAUGGAGCUUCCAAGGAGAAGCCCAAGCCCUGGUGCUGGCCGGUUAAGCCAGGAGGACUACGCCCUGAAGCUGGAGCUCAUGAGGCAGAGGCUGCUGAGGGGCGGAUCUGCAGAAAACAAAAUGAGUGGCCUGCGAGGGCCCUUGCUUGAGACUCUCGGCAUCGGGGACAAGAGGCGCACCUCAUCGCUUGACCGCUACAAGAGGCCAAAACGGCUGGGUACGCCUCCACUGACAAAGGCUGCCUCCAGUGACGCCCCUGAAGAGGAGGCUGCCGAGGCUAAAGUUCUCCGCAAAAGUGCUUCCUUCAACCUGGGAGACAGCGAGCCGAUUCCCAUGCACCGUCGCUUUGGCACUCCCCUGGAGAUCCCUGUGGCCCAAAGAGAGGAGCGAAGACUCCAGGAGGCCAUAUCCAUAUCAGCUCUCACUGAGCAAGCUAAGUUGGAGUCACAGCCCAUCACACCAAGGGAAGUCUCUUCAAAACCUCCUACCUCAGUUUCAGAGGGACCUCAGGAGGGGACCACAGAUAAAAAGCAAGCAAAAGCUUUAGGAGAAGGACAAACAAUGGUGGUCAUGCAAACGGAUAGUGUUACAGAGGGUGCAGAUCAAUCUGGUCCUCCUGAGAGGAUACAAGGAAGAAGCAUGCUCGACAAGGCAGUGAGGGAAGACAAGAAGGUUGCCUGGUGUAAGCCUCAUUCUGAGGGAGUUCUCAAGGUCCUGGAACUAGAGAAACCUGAAGAAAACAGAAAGACAGAAGAGGAAGACAGAAAUGAGUCUGUGGUUGACCACAAAAAAGAGGAAGUGAUGACAGAGUGGAAGCCUCCUGAAAUUAGCAUUUCUACCAAGUCCAUCAUGGUGACACCUGUGCCCGGUAAAACACCAACCAGUGCCCUCCAAACCCAAGCAGACACUAUGCCUCCACAUCAACUCAUGCAGCCAGAUGGCAGAAAGUCUGCGUAUGCCAGCAUUAUGCAGACCAUCAUGGUUCCAUCACUGCAGCCAGGGAGCACUUCCACACCUACACAUGUUGCCACACCUAUGUCCAACCUUACAGCCGUCCAUGAUCCAACACUUGCCCGUACACCAGUCAAGGCAGAAGCAGCUCCAUCAGCAGAACACCCUGCUGUUUUCUCCAAGGUGGCAUCCACUGACAAGCCAGCCAGAAACCCUCUGCAACCCAUGACUCCUCCAAGUCCAUUACCUUCACAAGAACUGGUAGUAAACCCCAACAUUAAAGACAUUGCCUCAGAGGAGAUCUUUGAGGCUAAGUUCAAGAAGCGUGAGUCGUCACUGACACGAGGUCUGAAACUCCUGACUAAGUCAAAGACUGAGGAAAGUAGUCCUGCUGUGACUGUUGUGCCUGAUGAGGAGGUCUAUCGCCCAGGGCCCGUUGGCACUCCUCUGGAGUUUGUCAAAUCCGAGACACCAAGGUUGGUGGAAAGGACCAUGUCUGUGCAGGAUCUCCGAGAAACAGAAAAGGACAGUAGCUUUUUGCGAAGGCUCUCCUUACGACUGAAAAGGGCUCCAUCAGCAGACAGAAAGGACGAGAUGAAUGGUCAGGAGCUUCUUGUUACUGAACCUGCUCCAAGACGUAGGGUCUCCUGGUCUUUGGGCCACAACAGAUCCCAGGACAAGAAGGAGGUAGAGAUGAGACUGGAUGGUGGGUCAGAGGCUCCACGAGAUGAGCUAGGGAGCAGAGAGUCCAGAAAGACUGGCGAGUCACCUGUGUUGGCCAUGCGUCGGAAGAUCGAGUCUACAGUGGCUGGGAUUUCCAUGAAGAUCCGCAGCCAGUCAGAGGAGCGGAGAGAGGAGAAGAAGGGAGAGGCGAAGGAGGCCAAGCCGGAAAACAAGAGGACCCCUCUUCUUUCCCGCCUGCGUCGCUCAAGCUCUGAGGGGCUGAACAUGAAAAAAUCAGGAGUCCCACAAAACCAUCUGGCUGCACAGUCGGGGACAGGAGUCUCCAUGGAAUCAUUGGAGUCCACCUCUAGCAUUCAGUCUGAGACCACUGUCAAGGGUUCAGAGAGUGGACGAAGAUCACGAUGGGACAGGUGGGGUCUGGGCAGGAGCAAGAAGGAGAAGACAGCCUCUCAACCUGACAUCCCAUCUAUGAUCACCAGCGGGAAUGGUUCUCUGCAUCGGAACCAGUAUUCACGUCUGGUAUCCGACUUUGCUCCGGUGUUCCACAUCAAGCUGAGGGACCACAUCCUCCUGGAGGGAGACCCCGUAACACUGAGCUGUCUGCCCGCUGGCAGCCCUCCUCCUCAGGUUGCCUGGAUGAAGGACAAGAAGCCGCUGCUGGUGGACCCCAGGAUGAACAUGAUCUCCUGCCCCGAUGGCCGACAGCUCCUCAUGAUCAUGACGACCACAAAGAUGGAUGCGGGGCUGUAUGAAUGCGUGGCCAGCAAUCCUCUGGGCUCCGUCACCAGCUCCUGUGUGAUCUCCCUCGCCCGUCUUCCGGGAUGUCCUGGGACACCUGAGAUCCCGCAGAAAUACAAGGACACAGCCCUUGUGCUGUGGAAGCCCCCUGAUACCCCAGGCCCCUGUACCUACUCACUGGAGAGGAAAAAUGAGGGUGAAGAGAACUGGAUCAUUGUAGCUACAGGUGUGGCUGAGUGCUACUACAAUGUGACCAACUUGCCAAAAGGGGGGACUUUCUGGUUUAGGGUGGCCUGUGUCAACAAGGCGGGACAAGGCCCAUACAGUAAUGUCUCUGAGAAAGUGUGCCUCGACCCCUCAGUAGCUCCUAAAGUGCCGGCGGUGGCCACCAAGAAAAGCACUCCUUCUCUGGGUACAUCUUCUGCCAUGGUACCUCCCCUCAAGCCCAGUUCCGUCGCUGUGUCCAGUCAGCCUGUCCCUAUUUCCAGAUCUGCAACACCUUCUGCUCAAGUCUCCACCCCCUCUCCACCCCAAGCCCUGCCCACAUGCCCCACCUCCACUCUGGCUCAUAGUCAAACUCCACCCCCUGACGCUGCCACCCCUUUACCUCCCACCCCUGUCCCUGCCUCAACCAGUCGAAUUCCACCAGAGGUCCAGCGAGCUCCUGCGGAGACUGUUACUCCACCAAAAGCCAAGAGUUCCCUUAAAAUCACAGUUGCCACACCCUUUUCUGGUGCUCCUCCCCCAGCCAGACCUGCCCCUCCCAGGGUCUUUCCUAAGCCGCAGAGCCCUGUGAACAUCGUGUCCCCCAUGGCACAGUCUCCUCCUGUUUCCCCUCCCCCACUGGUAUCCCCACCCCCAACCCUGGGCAAACCCAUCUCCUCCAUCCCAACAUACGUUCCAGUGGCUACGACACAGGCCACACCCACUCCAAGCCCUGCCCUCAUUCCCCCUGUGGUCCUUGUGACCAGCUUAACUCCUGUUGGAGAGGCUCCCACUACACCGUCUCGUGGGACGCCCUCUGGACGUGGCACACCGUCCGGGAAGCCCGGAGAGACCGCUUUACGGCAGGGAGUGCCUCAGAAGCCAUACACUUUUCUGGAUGAGAAAAACAGAGGCCGCUUCGGCGUCAUCCGGGAGUGCAGGGAGAAUGCCACGGGUCUCCUCUUCAUGGCCAAGAUUGUGCCGUAUGAGACGGAGAACAAGCAGGCCGUGUUGCAGGAAUACGACAUCCUGAAAUCCCUCCACCACAGCAACAUCAUGGCUCUUCACGAAGCCUACGUCACGCCCCGCUACCUGGUGCUCAUCGCCGAGUGCUGCUCGGGCAAGGAGCUGCUAUAUAGCCUCGUUGACAGGUUCCGCUACUCGGAGGAUGAUGUGGUGGGCUACAUCGUCCAAAUCCUACAAGGCCUCGAGUACCUGCACAGUCGACGCAUCCUGCAUCUGGACAUCAAACCUGAUAAUGUCAUUGUGUCCCCCAUGAAUGCUGUGAAGAUCGUCGACUUUGGCAGCGCACAGACCUUCAACCCACUCUUCCUCAAGCCGUACGGCCGGCACUUGGGAACCCUGGAGUUCAUGUCUCCCGAGAUGGUGAAAGGGGAUGUGGUGGGCCCCCCGGCGGACAUCUGGAGUCUGGGUAUUCUCACCUACCUGAUGCUCAGUGGAAGAUUGCCCUUCCGGGAUGUGGACCCCCUGGAGACGGAGACCAAAAUCCUGGCUGCUAAGUUUGACCAGACGAAGCUCUACCCAAAUGUGUCCCAGACAGCCUCACUGUUUCUCAAAAAGAUCAUGUGUAGCUACGCCUGGGCUCGUCCGACCAUCAAGGACUGCUUCAGUAACUCGUGGCUGCAGGACGCUUACCUGAUGAAACUGAGGCGUCAGACGCUCACUUUUACAACCACACGGCUCAAGGAGUUCCUGGUGGAGCAUCAGCGGCGGCGGGCGGAAGUCGUCACAAAGCACAAGGUCCUCCUGCGCACUUACCAGAGCCCGCAGGCCACGUCCACCACACCCUCCGCGCCCAUCACCCAGUGACUGCAUCCACUAAAU